AUGAUCGAUAUUUAGAGCCAUCAUAUGUUUUGUAUCACGUUAUUUCACGUUAUUUUUUUCUUCGUUUGUUUUGAUUUUAAAAGAUUUACGAAAAAUGUUAAUUAAAUUAUCCUUUUCAAGUGUGGAUUCUUCGUAUUAAGCCAAAAAGAAAUUUGCGUAAGAAUGGACAGGCUUACCUUUCAAAUAGGCGAGCGGUUCGAUUAUUUGCAGCAUACGAUUUCGCCUUAUAUUGAAAACAGCACACGGUUAGCCAAAAAUGCCUUAAACUAUGUAUCAAAUCAAAGCAGUUCAGCUUUCUCUAAUUUAGUGGGAUCAAGCGAUUCAGGUAUUCCGUUCCAUACCUGGGCCAAUUGGCAAUGGAGUUGGUUUCUUGAGAAUUGCCGUUCUUGGAUCAAUAGUUUGAAACAGUCUCUGGCUGUUCAGUACAAUGGAAUGGGUCAAUUUUUCGAAAGUGUUUUAGAUUAUAUCCAACAAAAACUCUAUCAUCUGCAAUCCAUGCUGAGUUUUCAGAUUAUUCAGAAGUAUUUGUCAGCAGUUGAUCAAAGCCAUAUUUACUUUCUCUUGUCUGGAAUUGCUAUUGGAUUCAUCAUUGGGAUACAAAUCAAACAGAAUGUCAAGCCCCUUACACGCAUGAGGGCUUUAGUUUGUAAUUCAUAUGCUGGAGCUCCAGAGUCAAUUGCUAUGAUUGAUGACAUGGUAGCUCCAAAUAGCUGUGGGGCUGAAGAUGUCAUGAUCCAAGUUAAAGCAUCCUCCAUUGAUCCCAUUGACAUCAAGAUCACCUUUGGAUACGGAAAAGUGAUUAGGAGCCAAUAUCAUCAUUAUCAUCAAACACAUGGGAAGAAUUUGCUCUUUCCAUUUGUUUUAGGUAGGGAGUGUUCUGGAAGAGUCGUCGAGAUAGGCUCAAAAGUUCAGGACUUGGACGUUGGAGAUGAGGUGUAUGCCGCUGUACCUUAUUACGCUUGUGGAACUGCGUCUGAAUGCGCUUUAAUACCUGCCCAAUGGGUGGCUAAAAAGCCCAGAAAACUCUCCUAUGAAGCUGCCGCUUCACUGCCGUAUUCGGCAUCGAUUGUGUGGAAUGCACUCGUGCAUCAGGCUUCCUUCAACGAGCUUACGACACGGGAUAAACGGGUUUUAGUACACAGUGUUGACAACCCGGUAGGAUGUAUCGCCGUGCAGUUGCUGAAAGCCUGGGGUGGGCAUGUUACUGCUACUGUCAGUUCACGGGCAAUGAUUACCGCCCAGCAAUUGGGUGUAGAUGAACUUAUUCUUCAUAAUGGCCAUGAUUUGGAUUUUGAUUCUUUGCUGUCGUCUCUUCCUAAGUUUGACCUUGUGCUCAAUACCGUUGGCUCGAUUUUGCACGACUCGUGCCGUGUCCUCUGUCGAGAAGGAGGUUUGGUAGUUUCAACCGUCGCCUCCCCACCUGCGUCUGACAAAUAUGGCUUGUUUUACGGAUCACUCUACUCUAUGUGGCUUCGAAUGAAACUCGUAUUUCUCAAGAGUUCUAUUUGUGGUUCGACCGUAAUAUCCACCUCAAUUUUGGAUGAAAUCUCAAAUCUAGUCAACAAAGGACAUCUUCAACCAGUUAUUGAGCGCGUGUUUGAAAUUGAUCAAGCUGAACAAGCCGGACAAUACGCCGCCCAGGGUGACCACAUCGGGAAAAUCAUCAUACGAUUUAGGAACCGGCCAUUGAACCGUAUGGAGGGAUUUGCAUAGAAGCUGCACAGGAACAAGGUGUGCCAAAUUUGUGAAAUGUAGUAAUGUAACAAAACUAACUGGGGUUGAAUAAAGAAAAAACUUACUUGACA